GCUUUAGACGCCUGUGAAGUGUGAACACGACGGCAUGGAGUCCAGACAGUGAAGUGUUUGUUUAUUGUUGUGCGGCAGUGUUGUGGUGUGACGGUGAAGUGGCAGGUGCCCUGUAAUCUCAAUUCUUCAGGAAGCAGUGUGAAUGAUAUGAAAUGAAAUGGAGAGAGGAAAAGGAUCACAAGGACGAGGUGGUAAGGGGAAAACACCACAAUAUCCAGCAGAUUUAUUUGCUCUUGGUGCAAAAUCUGGACGUGUUGAAACAGCCGAAGGAAAACGAACUGGCAUUGUUCACGGCAAAGCAUCGACUAGUCAUAGUUUAGCGGCAACUGAUCGAAAACGUGAUGCUGCUGGCAGUAUACUUUCAUCUUUGCCACCAUCGAAAAAGGCCAAAGUUGUGGGAGCUACAUCACUGUUGCCAGCUCGUACUGGAGCAACUGCUGUCGCUUCUACAGCGGUUGGUGUCAGCAGUGCAAGUGGAACUGGACCCGGAGCUGGAGGGGAAGCAUGGGAGAAACUGGCUAUAGACUGUGAUACAAGUGACUUACCUGCCGCUGUCCUAGAUGCAAAUAACAUUGGAGACACAGAGCGCUGUACUGGUUUAUUGUGUGGAGCAUUGAGAACUCUGCGGAAUAGUAGAUGGAAGCCUGACUCCCUCUUGUGUACAGCACUUCUGUAUCUUGGAAGUGUGAAGCAUAGUGUAUUCUCCAGUGAGCCAGUAACCAGUGCUCUCUGCAGUGUGAUGCGUCGAGAUUCGUCCCCGCAUUCAUUCAAGUCGAAGGGUCCUUCAACAGCUUAUGUCACAGCUGCUGCCCUUCUACAGCGGGUAUUUGAUGACAAAAAGGAAUGGCCUGAGAGUUUUGUAAAGUUAUGGGUUGACGAUUCACUUGGUGAUCGUAUGUGGGUGGAUCAGGAGGACAUACAGUUCUUUGUGAGUAAUGUGACAACUUCAGUAGGAACCCGUCCACUUCCUCCACGGCCAUCUGACCCUCUGGUAGCAGCUGGCUUGCUGCGUUCUGAGUCCUGCCCAUCUCCAUCUGUAGUGACACCCACUGGUCCUGGUGAUGAUGAUGAACAAUCAGUUACUGGAGCUAAUGAUGGCACAGUUUGCUCUAUCAAUACAGAGUUACUUGGCAACAUGGAAUACACCAUAUGCAAUCGCUAUGCCUCAUCCCAAGAAGCUGUAGAACAGAUAGUAAUGGAAGCUGUGCGAGAACAGCUGAACCGCCGACAGCCACCAGACAAUAUAACACGUAAUUUUCUGCGGUUCCUCACUGCAUGUGCGGGCCUUGUAGAGGUUCGUGUAACUGCAGCUCCCAGACUAGAAAUGUGGCUUCAGAACCCAAAGCUUCUGCAAGCUGCCAAAGAUCUUCUAAUGGCUAUCUGCAUUAACUGCACCACUCACACGCAGCGAGAUGUGGAAGUAAUAAGUCAUCUUGUUAAAAUACGCAUAAAACCAAAGGCACUGAGCAAUCUAUAUCUGGCUUCUAUAAGAGAGUUAAUUAAUGCACAUCCGGAAAAUUUGGCAACAGUUUUGAAGCAUACAAUUUACAAUGAACUGUCAACAGCUCGCAACCCGAAUAACAUGGCUAUGCUGUCUGUGAUGUUCCAGGCAGCACCAGAAAAGGCUGCUGUACUGCUUGCUGAUAUUUUCCAGGAUCUGCUAAUGAAUAAAGAUGACUACCUGCGCCCACUGCGGGCAUUGCUGAGGGAAAUGGUACGAGUUAUACGCCAUGAAAUCAAUUUGUCUGCUCUUUGUCGUGGGCUAAUGGCUGAUCGAAAAGAAAAUACACAGGCCUUUCGUGAAUUUGAACAUAAGGAGCGGAUGUUUGUCUCAGUGGCUGAUCUGAUUACACUUUGCAUCUUUCUGGCAAUCUCACCUGCAGUUAAGGAAGCUGCAUCACUUCUUGCAAGAGGAGACAAGCGUGAGAUACAAGUACUACACAACUUCCAGUCUCUUGUUGCCAAGAUCCAGCGUGAUGCUGUUUGGUGGCUGCACGACACAGCAAUUAAAAUGUAUCAUCCUACUCCCCAAGAUUUUGUACAUGUUCUCCAUAAGGUUCUUUUUAUGGAACAUCAGGAACACUAUUACAACAAGGAUAUGUGGCCUCCAGAGAAUGAGCGAAGUCUGAUGUUCAGGUUAGCCUCUGAGGUGCCUGUUUUAGACAACACCUUAAUCAAUAUAUUCCUCAUUGGACUUUCAAAGGAACAUCAUCUAUCUCCACCUGACACAUUGGAACUAGCUGAUCAACUGAUAAAGAGGGCUGCUGCACUACCAAGUGAGAUGAUGUCAAUGCUGGAGGCAAACAAAUUAGAGAUAAUAGAUUUGCUGUUCAAUCUUACUGCAUAUCAUCAUCCAGACAACAUCAACUUGCCCUCAGGGUAUCAACCACCACAGCUGGCGAUAACAUUGUCGUACUGGAAGGCAUGGGUAAUGCUGCUUAUUCUCUCAGCUCACAACCCCUCCAGAUUUGGCUCCAUUGGUUGGGAGAAAUAUCCAACAUUGCGUGCUUUCAUGGAGAUGUGCAUUACAAACCACUUUCAGUAUCCACCACCCACAAUGUCGUCUGGUGAACUACUGGAUGAGACCAAAACAAAAGAACUGCAGAUAGCUGCUGUAGAGAAACAACAGAUCCUUGAAUUUGAAUCCUAUUUAGCAGCAGCCUCCACAAAGCAAACCAUAACAGAACAAACCAGUUUACUUCUACCACAGUUGAUUACAAUGGAUCCAACAGGACCUCCUCGCAAGCCACCCCAAGCAACACUGGAUUCACUACGCAUGCUUAAUAGUACUCACCGUAUGGGUCAUUUACUUUGCCGUAGUCGCCAGCCAGACUUUCUUCUAGAUAUUAUCCAGAGACAAGGGGCCUCACAAUCCAUGCCAUGGCUUGCAGACCUUGUUGAAAGUUCAGAAGGGGCUUUAAGCCACCUUCCAGUGCAGUGCCUUUGUGAAUUUCUGCUGAGUUCUGGUACCUUGCAGCAACCUGAAAAGCAGCAAAAGCAACAGCAGCUACUGCAGCAUCUACAGGCUCUGCUUACAGAGCCAGAACAGGAGCCCCAAGUGGCAUGUGAAGUGCUUGAAUACUUUCUCAGGAGGCUGAGUGCUGUCCAGGCAGCGAGCAGAGUUCAGGCUGUGAAGGGCCUGAAGCUUAUAUUGUCAUCUGUCACUGUGGAUGAAGAUAUAAUGGAAGUGGACAACCAGACAGACAUGAAUCCAGAGAAUUGGUGGCUGUCUCGUCAGCUUCCACAGUUGCCACAUUUCCAGGCAGUAAGAGGACAAGUGAUUCAGGCAUUGCGACAGGCGUGCCAGGUAGAGAGUGAACCAGCUCUUGUAAGCAGUUAUAUAUGCUUCCUGGCUGCACAUGCUGCUAAUGAUCCAUUGCCUGAAAUGGCUGAGCUUGUGGUGGAUAUGGCACAGCUUAUUGUAGAGAGAAGUUCAAUUAUGGCUGCCAUACUGCCUUCUCCAAACUGUGAACUGGCAGGUGCAGAACACACACAACACGCUCUUAUGCUGAUGUUCUUCCAGUAUUUGCAAAAGGCACGAGAGCCUCGCAGAGAAGCCUAUCAGUGGUCAGAGAGUCAGGAUCAGAUUCUUAUAACCUGGAGCACAGGUGAAGAGUCAACAAUGCAUAUCCUUGUUGUUCAUGCAAUUAUCAUCUUGCUUAACUAUGGACCUGGCCUAGAUAGGGGUAUAUUUGAAUGUAUGCUGGAGAUUUGGUUUCCUGUUGAGGGUGAGCCACCUAAAGCGUAUCUUGUGGACACUUCUGAAGAAGCAUUGUUAAUUCCUGACUGGCUCAAAUUGCGUAUGAUCCGUUCUGAUGUUGACAGACUUGUUGAUGCUGCUCUGACUGAUCUUGAACCAUCUCAGCUUGUACUAUUUAUCCAGUCAUUUGGAAUUCCUGUUAAGUCAAUGAGCAAACUGCUCAAUAAAUUGGACUUGGCAGUGGCAGUGGAUCCUGCUCAAGUGGCUGAAGCUGUGCUGGACAAAAGCUACAUGGCUCAGCUGGUGGAAGUGCAGCACAGGCGGGGUGCUCACGGAGGGCACAUACUGGUGCAAGUGCUUCAUCUAGAGCAGCCCUCAUUUCCAGCAGAGAGUCCUGUGGCCAGUUCUGCUCCUGCAAGAUUGCCAUUGGAACUAGGUAGUGAGCUACAUGCCAUGAGAAGUUCCAGUAAUGUGCCUGUUACUGCCGUGCCUGAAACUCUUAUACAGAUCUUCAAGGUCAAGCAGGAGACUGAUGCAGCAGCAGUGGCUGCGAAAGAAAACCUCUUCAGGACUUUUCAAAAGACACUGACUAUGGAAAUGCAAAGUGGUAACACAGUUGUCAUGCAGGCAUCAAUAAAAUUUCUGCAUGAUGUGAUGCUUUCGCCGAUGGGAAAUGAUUGGGUAACUGUGAUGGUAAAAGUUCCACAGUAUGCAAACCCGUUACUUCGGCUUGUAACAGCUGCUGCUAAUAAGUUAAGUGCCACAUGUGUGAAACAGCUGACAGUAAUAUGUCAAAAAAUUUCUGAUGGCCUUUAUACUGACAAGUGUCCAUUAGCCACAAUUACAAAACAGUUUCUGCAUAAACAUACAAUGCCUGAGAAAAAAGCUAUGCCAUUGAAAAAGCUGGAGCUAUCAAAGAGUCCUAUGGAAGUGUUACAGCAGACACCAAUAGCACAAUUGGAACGUGUUGGUCGUCAGUUACUGGAUGAGCGCUUGCAGCAGCGUCACACUGGUGAGCUGGUUGAAGCCAUGUCUCAGUUGGUGGUGUCAGAUACGAGACCCCACUGUCGUGGGAUGCUUGUCGACUGGUUAGCAGCUGUUGAGCCUGAAGUUAUUGGCUCCUGUCCUCAGUUACAGAUGCAGCUGUUAUUUUCAAAGACAGAAUGUGGCAAUAGUGGAGUCACACAAACUUGCCGCCCAUAUCUUCUGACACUACUAGCCCAUCGAGCUUCUUGGUCGACUCUGUUCCAUUGUGUUCAGAGACUGCUGAAUAAGUUUGAAAUGAGGUAUCAUCCUACAGCUGUUCUGGAUUUCAUGUGGGCACUCACUUGCAACCCCAAACUUUGGCAAGGACGCGAAAAGUUCACACCGAAGCAUUACUCUCAGGAAGAUGUUCUCAACCUUACACGAGAACAGUUAUUGGUGUUGGUGGAGUAUAUUGUGGAAGAAGCAGUGAUGACGUCUGGCAUUGGCGAAUAUCAAGAUAAAAUGGAACUGCGACUACCACUGAUGUUACAGUGCUUGUCUCAGCAUGAGGAUCGAGCACUUGUUGCUCAGCAUUUAAUUACAGUAGCUGCUGCAAAGAAUGGUGUAAGAUCUGAAGUUGCCCAAAAAUUAUUGCUGCAACUAUAUCUGCGCAUUCCAAGUGUUAUACAUUACUUCAAGGAUGAUGAACGGGAACCAUUUCUUGAAAAUGCUUCUGUGUCAGACUGGACUAGCAGCACUCUAGAUUCAAUGUCGCACACAGUAUUGACUGCUCUGACAGCUUCCCAUCAAGGCAAAGACUGGGCGCGGCGUUCCCAGGAAUAUGAGCUCUCUGCUCGUAAGAUGGCGUCUGUGCACCCUGUCUUAGUCCUCAGACAAUUGCCAAUGCUUGCAGCUGCACUGUGUGGACGUGUCCAUCUCGAGUUUCCAGUUUUCCGUUCUCGAAAUCAUCUCAACUUGUUCACUCAGGUUUUAGGUUUACUUGAGCUUCUGCAACCACACCUUUUCAAGCCUGAGCAUGCCCGUGGACUGGAAGAUAUAUUAAUGUCAUACUUCGCCCUCUUUAAGUACCAUGGUCACAUGAAAGACUUGGUUGCACUUUUGAAUAGAUUUGUGGCACUGCUUCAAAAUUUCAUCUCCCAUGAUGCUCAUCGUGCCCUGAAGUAUUUGCAGAAGCAUGUCAGCACACUAAUAGACCUACAGGUGUCACACAACAAUCUGAGCAGCCUGCGCUCGCUGAUUUCUAGUAUAGGCCGCCCACGAUCUGGAGAUGAUGAUUGUGGCGAAAUAGUUUUAGCUGUCGGUGCACCACCUCCACCUGCAGAAGCAACACCUAACUGGGGACCACUUCUCGCUACACUCCGCAAACUUCAAGGAGAAGAUGUGAUGCAAGCCCUUCAGGACUUGGAUCACUUGUCAGCUCGCAAACCAGCUCUUUUGGACACAUUUGGAGAUGCAGUAGCAGCUCUCUUGCUGUCUCCAUCAUCAGGAGUUAGAUCUCUGGCACAUGUAUUGCUAACACGACAAUUGCGGCACUCCCCACAGCAAUCGACUUGUGCCAGUCUUCUUCCUGCAUAUUUCCGUUGCCUCGACAGCCCUCAGCCAGAGAUUGUUGUAUCUGCACUUGAUCAUUUGCCAGAGGUAGUCCUUUGUGCACAAGAGCAUGCACUGUCUCUUCUCCACAAGGUUUUUGAAUUGGGAAUGUCAUCAAAUGUGAACACAGUACCCCACAUCAGCAAAACAAUUGCAUUACUUAAUGUUCAGACUGGUUGUUAAGACUUACAUGCAGACAACUGCAGAAGAGAGACAACUUUUCUUGUAAACUACUUGUGUAAAAAUAAUUUCUGUAUGAUAUUAUGCUAUAAAAGAUGCAUUUCCUGCUGUACAAAAGUA